GAAAUCGAUUUUGAGUAGGUAUACAUUUGUUUGUGCUUCAAAAACAAUAUUAUUUUAAUGGUACAACAUUCAGAACAAAUUCGUCACUUAAAUUUAAUGUACAACCAAAUGUCUACGAGUAUCAAUAAUGUUUAUAGUAUUUCUGCUUUAUACGUAUUGCAGAAGCAAUUGAGCAUACAGUUAUCUUACAAUCAAUAUUUCCUAUAAUCGUUUAAAAAUUAAAUACACCAUACGUAAAUUUAGCAAUAAUCAACUCCUUAAAAUAACGACUAUCAUUAGAAACCUGAUAAACGUUUGGCGAAAGACUUUCGAUGGCAUCUAAAUUUGUAAAAUUGAAUUGAAUUUUGCAAAAUUCAAUUAGAUUCGCAUUAUACACUUAUUGUAUUAAUUCGAUAUUAUUCAAGAGAUGUGCGCCCCAGUUUAUCAGAAACUCUGUUCCACAUUACCGAUGUGAAUAGGUGUUCUACGGUGUGGUAAUUUAUGGUCCGUUACAGGUGUAGUAUUUCUACUGUCACGACUGUCAUCGUGAUCGUGUUAGUGGCCAUGUAAAGGCAAACGACCGUUGAAAAAAAAUGUUCACAUCAUCGUAGAAAAUAGCUAAUUUAAUCACGCUGAAUUAUUGUUACUGAUGUUGCUCUUGUAUUUUAAUAUAGCCGGCGAAGUGACAUAAGCCGAACAUGGCUACUGUUAAAGUAACCGAACAAAAAGUUAUUUUGUGCGGAGAAUACGGUGUCGGAAAAACGUCUAUAUUCAGGCGUUUCGCGAACAAUACUUUCGUAGCGAGCAACGAUCGAAAAUCGACACUCGGUCUCGAUAACAUCGACAAAGAGUAUGUCGUCGAAGACAGACGAAUACGGUUGCAAUUAUGGGAUACAGGGGGUAUGGAAAGAGUUGCAUCAGUGACAUCGAGUUAUUACAAGUUUGCAGAAGCUGCUAUCUUAGUGUUUGCAUUAGACAAUUCAACGUCUUUCCACCUUCUAUCUCAGCAUUUACUGGAUAUUGUAACAUAUGCUGAAAAUGCAAAGAUAUUUCUUUGUGGAAACAAAAGCGAUCUAGAAAGUGUAGGUCCGCAGGUUACAGAUGCAGAAAUGGAACAAUUUUGUGAACAGUGCCACAAUUUAAUCUCUGGUAUAUAUAAAACAUCGUGUAAAACUGGAGAAGGAAUACAUGAAAUGUUUGAAGAUAUAGCUCAACAUCUGGUUGAAGCUAACAGAUCACGCAUGGAACUGCACGAAAUGGACAAAGACAGAUUUAAAAUUUCAUACAUUGACGAAGCUGCUGAUCCAUCGUGUUUGUGCUAAACAGUGAACAUUGGCAAAUAUAUAUUCGUGACGUUUUUAUAACUUGACAAACUCAACACUACAAUAAAGUGUAAGGAGUACCCUUUUUGUAUUAAGUA